ACAACAAGGCGCAGACGUUUAACAACUUAUACAGCUACAAUGAGUUCAGUAACAAGCGACCAUCUACGAUCUAAUUUGCAUAGAGAACUUGUCGAGUCUGGAAAACGAGAUCAACUUGUGGAACUCUUGCGUGCAAAAUUGAUUGAUUCUGGUUGGCGUGACGACUUGAAGGCUUAUACGAGAGAAAAGAUACAAUCCAAAGAUUCCUCAAUGACUGUGGAUGAGAUCAUCAAGGAGGUGAGCCCAUACGCCCGAGCUACUAUUCCUGACAAAAUCAAAACGGAAUUAUUAACCCAGAUCAGCGCCUUUGUCGAAGAGAAUCUUUAAGAAGUCGCAAAAGAAAAAGAAAAAAGAAAAGUUAAUAUUCUAUCUCUUUCUUGACGACUCUUUCCCUGUGACUUUACACCAUUGCAGUAACCUGAAGAAGCGUAGUAUUUAAACAAAAAAAAA